AUGACAGAUAUUCUAAUUUCCAUUGGAAGAAAAGUUGUUGAAUUAUUGGUGCAGCCAGCUGGGCGUGAGUUCAGUUAUGUGAUUCACGGAAAGAAAUACGUUGAAAAUUUGACAAUCCAAGUUGAAACUUUAGAGAGACUGAGAAAUGGAGUGCAGAGAUCCAUUGAUCAUGCAAAAAAAAAUAGAGAAGAAAUUCGAGAAGAUAUCAACCACUGGAUUACAAAAGUUGAUGGGUUCAUAGUGAAGGCUAAGAAAUUUCUACAAGGAGGUUCCAAUGUGAACAAGAAAUGUUUCAGUGGGUGGUUUCCUGAUUUGGUCACACGUCGCCGGCUAGGUAAAGAAGCAAAAAAUAAAAUAGAGGAGGCUAAAGAGCUACAAAAAGAUGACAACUUCACUAGCAUAUCCAACCCUGCAGCUCCCUUGGGGAUUGUGUCCAUACCCUCUGAAAGGUUCGAGACUUAUGAUUCUAGAAAUUUGGCAAUGACAAAUGUAAUGGAGGCACUAAGUGAUGACAAUAUCAACUUCAUUGGAAUACAUGGUAUUGGGGGCGUUGGAAAGACAACUUUGGUAAACGAAAUCGCCAAAAAAGUCUGA